AUGUAUUAUUUGAUUCUCGUCGACGCAUUCAGCAAAUGGCCCGAGGUAGUCCCAACUAAACGGAUCACUACGGCUGAUACUCUCAUCAUCCUCCGUAGUAUUUUCGCCAGAUUUGGCAUGCCGGAAACCCUGGUUAGCGACAACGGUCGGCAAUUGGUCAGCGAAGAAUUCGAGCGAUACUGCGAAGUGAAUGGAAUUUUGCAUCUGAAAACACCACCAUUCCACCCGCAGUCUAACGGACUUGCUGAACGUUUUGUCGACACGUUCAAAAGGACACUGAAGAAAAUUACAGCAGGGGGAGAGGUCCUAGCAGAAGCCAUAGACACUUUUCUUCUUUGUUAUCGCUCCACCCCGUGUCGCGGUGCACCGGAUGGAAAAACGCCAGCUGAAGUCCUUUUGGGUAGGCCAGUGCGCACGUCUCUCGACUUACUCAAACCACCGUCCCAGUACUUUUCGAAAACCACCAAGCAAGAUCAGCAGUUUAAUCGAAAACACGGUGCCAAGGCCAGAAGCUAUGAACGUCAGGACCUGGUCUGGGCAAAAGUCUACGAAAACAACUCCUGGUGCUGGGAACCGGGUCAAAUUUUAGAACGAGUAGGAAAUGUAAUCUACAACGUAUGGCAUCCACAGAAAUCAAAACUAAUUCGAUCGCACUGCAACCAGAUGAGGCAACGGUGCGAGUCUGCAGAAGAAUCAAUUAAGUCCAAGUCCUCGGCCAGAAUCCCACUAUCUAUUUUACUCGAUUCUUGGGGAAAUGGAAUCAACUACCAGACCACAUCGUAG